GAUAAAACUCCAUGCUCAGUGACUCGACAAAACAUCCACUUUCAUCUACUUUUAUUUUCACUCAUCGGAAUGCAAGCCAUUAAAGAUGUGUUCGCAAAGAAGAAUGCUGAAGGAACACCCGCUUUGGUGACCUUCAUCACCGCGGGGUAUCCUCAGAAGGAGGAUACCGUACCAUUACUGCUGGCAAUGCAACAGGGAGGCGCAGACAUCAUAGAACUUGGUGUACCAUUUUCAGAUCCAAUCGCCGACGGUCCUGUCAUUCAAGAAAGUAAUACAAUUGCUCUCAAAAAUGAUAUAGACUAUCCCACAGUGCUUGGGCAGCUACGAGAGGCACGUAGUAAAGGACUAACUCUCCCUGUCCUUUUGAUGGGUUACUAUAAUCCGAUCUUAGCGUACGGCGAGGACAAAGCCAUCCAGGACGCGAGUGAAGCAGAAGCAAAUGGGUUCAUUAUGGUUGACCUACCUCCUGAAGAGGCGUUAACUUUCCGAGAGAAAUGUGCCAAAGUUCAGUUGUCUUAUGUUCCACUGAUUGCCCCUUCGACUACUCUACAUCGCAUCAAGUUCCUUGCCUCGAUAGCGGACACUUUCAUAUACAUCGUAUCGAAGAUGGGCACUACUGGAUCGUCGGACAAGAUUGCAAUGAAUAUCGCACUCCCUGAUAUAAUCUCUCGUGUUCGUGAAUACGCUACUGUACCGGUUGCAGUCGGAUUUGGCGUCGCCAACCGAGGACAUUUUGAUUAUGUUGCCAAUGCGGGUGCAGAUGGAGUCGUCAUUGGCAGUCGCAUCGUUACUGUUAUCAAGGAUGCGCCUCCAGGUCAGGGAAAUCAAAAAGUUACCGAAUACCUAUCACAAAUAUCGCACAAGGGUGAACCUGCCACAUCCCGCUCACCACCACCUCCAAGAUUAAGCACUCCCACUCUCAAUGUUAACAAGGAUGGACCACCAAUCGCUAAUACUACGGCAGAUCCUACUGUACUGCCCGCACGCUUUGGGCAAUUCGGUGGGCAGUACGUCCCUGAAGCAAUUGUCGACUGUCUCGCCGAAUUAGAAGAGGCGCACAAGUCUGCUAUGGCCGAUCCUGAGUUUUGGAAGGAAUUUCGGGGUCUUUAUGGUUAUAUGAAUAGACCUUCAGAGCUUUAUCUUGCGGAAAAUCUUACGAAGGACGCUGGAGGAGCCAACAUCUGGCUUAAGCGCGAAGAUCUAAACCACACUGGAUCUCACAAAAUCAACAACGCCAUAGGCCAGAUUCUUCUUGCGAAACGCAUAGGGAAAACUCGAAUUAUCGCUGAGACCGGCGCAGGUCAGCAUGGGGUCGCAACUGCAACCGUUUGCGCCAGGUUCGGGCUUGAAUGUAUCAUUUACAUGGGUUCCGAGGAUGUUCGACGACAAGCGCUCAAUGUAUUCCGAAUCGAAAUGCUUGGUGGAAAGGUCAUCCCAGUACACUCGGGUUCAUGUACCCUCAAAGACGCUGUCAAUGAAGCCUUCCGUGACUGGGUCACCAAUCUUGCAACGACGCACUACCUCGUUGGCUCUGCAAUUGGACCACAUCCAUUCCCGACAAUAGUCCGAGAUUUCCAAAAAGUAAUCAGUCAAGAGAUCAAGGAGCAGUUACAUGCUAAGCGUGGUAAGCUUCCUGAAGCCGUCGUUGCGUGCGUUGGCGGAGGAAGUAACGCUAUCGGUACAUUCUAUAACUUUAUUGAGGAUAAGAAUGUCCGCUUAAUUGGUGUGGAGGCUGGUGGUGAAGGCCUAGACGGAGACCGCCACAGCGCUACCUUGUCAAAAGGCCAGCCCGGUGUUCUACACGGCGUACGAACAUACAUUAUGCAGUCACCAGCGGGUCAAAUCAUCGAAACACACUCUAUCAGUGCUGGUUUGGAUUACCCUGGUGUUGGACCUGAGCAUUCAUGGUUGAAGGAUUCGGGAAGAGCGGAGUAUAUUGUAGCGACUGAUGAAGAAGCUCUUCGUGGGUUCCGGAUACUCACUCAGCGUGAGGGUAUCAUUCCAGCACUCGAAUCCUCACAUGCCAUCUGGGGUGCAAUGCAACUUGCCAAGACGCUUCCUAAGGAUGCCGAUAUCGUUGUGUGUCUUUCUGGCAGAGGCGACAAAGAUGUGGAACAAAUAUCGCAGUUGUUACCAAAAUGGGCUGACAAGUUGGACUGGCACAUUGAAGCUCGGGUGUAAUAAUGCCCGUAUGCACAAUUUAUCGCACUAUCCUUGUAAUAAUAGGCGUACUAUAAGCACAGGAUAAUACACAGGGUGCAAAUCUCCAUAAGUUGCUGCCACUUACACGGGACGCAAAAGCCAUGGCAGUUCAUUUGAACUGCCAUUAAGGCAUCACCCCCAGUCAAAACCUGCAAUGGGAAUAUCCG